AUGGAAGUUGGAUAUCCAACGGGUACCGUUCCAGACUCUCCUGUUGAAACGCUCUAUGAAAACUUUGAAUUUGGCUGUAAACGGGACCCGGAUGCGCCCUGUUUGGGGCGUCGAAAGCCUCUGCAAGGGGGCGGUUCCUUUGCCGAUAAAUACUCGUGGCUUAGUUAUGCUCAGGUGCAGGAGUUGCGAAAUGCCGUGGGCUCCUAUUUGAGGCAAGAACAUUUUUCCACGGUUCGUUCGGAGCUUAAAUCGGUUGGCCUGUAUUCUAUCAACCGACCUGAAUGGGUCAUUGUAGAGCAGGCUUGCAAUGCAUACUCCUUAGUGUCGGUCGCGCUUUAUGACACGCUCGGCCGGGAGACAAUUUCUUACGUAAUUAACCACUCGUCGCUUUCAAUUGUCUUUACGACAAGAGACAAGCUGGCCAAUCUUCUUUCCAUUUCCAAAGAAACGUCCUGCUUGAAGACCAUCGUGUGCAUGGACAAUGAUGUCGAUGGUGACAAUCAGGGUGAACCUGCACGUGGUGAUGGCAACGAAAAACCCCGAAAGCGAUAUGACGCAACUUCGUUCGAUUCUCUUGCUUCUCAAUGGGCCUCAGAUAGAAAGGUCAAGUUGGUACCAUGGUCCAGUGUCGUUUGCAAGGGCAGAAAAAAUCCGCUGCCCUGUGUCCCUCCACGCCCCUCCGACCUGGCCUCGAUUUGCUAUACUUCCGGAACAACGGGAACCCCCAAAGGAGCUAUACUUUCACACUCGUACCCAUAG